UUGAAAGUGGGAUAGAAAAGUGACACGUUGAAGAAUCUCCGUGAGGAGGAAUCUUUACCCCUACUUUUGAAAAUUGUUACUGAAAACUUUACUAAAAUGAUCAGUCUGGAAUUCUCGAACCACAUUAAGACGUUCGAUUACAAGAGUCAAAGAAGCGACUUAGAGCGCGAGGCGAUCGAAAAGGUAAUAGCAGGCGAAUCGCUACUUUCUGUGUUUGAGAAGCACAAAUUAUCCCUGGAAGAGCGAAGGAAGCUCUUGAAGACUAAAGUUGCCUAUCCACACAAAGGCGAGGAAAGCAGUCUGUUUUUGCUCUCCAUCGCGUGCGGUCACGUGGACUUAGCCAAAAGCCUUAUUGAAGAACAGGUGGUUGACAUCGAGGAGAGAGGAACAGUGCUAGUAGGAGUGUAUAAGGAUGGAGGGUUUGGCUACGAAGUGGGCGAAGAUGUCACCCCUUUAUGGUGUGCUGCUGCUUGGUGUAAGUUUGAACUUGUGAAAUUGUUGGCAAAGCAUGGAGCGAAUAUUAAUCACAGAUCAAAGGUCGGUUCAAGCCCUCUUCUGGUAGCUUGUCGGUACUUCCACUUAAACAGAGCACGACAAGUGCUUCUGGGGAAACCUGACGUGCCGGUGCAACUUGAGCUUGUCAAAUUUCUUCUGGAUAAUGGAGCAAAUGUGAAUGAGGCUGGUCACCUUGGCGACACUCCCUUAACUGCAGCUGCCUUGUCAGGAUUUAAAGACCCAUCCCUUGUGGCUUAUCUUCUGGAAAAGGGUGCAGAUCCAAAUGCUAAGAAUGCUCUUGGCUUCACUGCUCUGCACUUAGCUGCACAAAAAGGUUGCUUAGAAUCAGUUAAGGUGCUGAUUAAAAAUGGAGCGCAGCUAGAAGCAGGUGAUACUGAAGGAAUUACGCCUCUUCAACUUGCAUGUUGUGAAUGUCAUGAUAGUGUUGUGGAAUGGAUAAUUUCACAACCAGACUGUAGCAGAGAGUGGAGGAUCGAUGCCCUGGAGCUUCUUGGUGCCUCUCAUGUAACUUCCAUUGAUGUUGAUGAUAUUGAGUAUCCUAGCGAAGGACAAAGUGAAGAAGAGUAUGCAGAUGACAUGGAAUCAAUCCAGCAUGGAUAUAAUCUGUUGCUAAGAGCAAAGAAGGAGCGCUUUGAGCCACCCACUAACAUUGUUAAGCAGGUUUUAUCACCUCUUACUGUAUAUAAUAAUCAGCUAGAAAGUAAGAGCCUUGAAGAACUGGAGGCAUUGUCUACUAACCAUGAGGUCAUUCAAAUAGAGGGUUUCCUCAUCAGGGACAGAAUUCUUGGUGCUUUGCAUUCAUCAGAAAUUCUACAGCCACUCUUCAACAAAGCUAUUGUUUUAUCCCACAAAGAGGAACUUCAGAUGGCAGCCAACUUCUACAGCCAUGCAUUAUCAUUUAGACUUGUGUCUUCUGAUUCAAGUAGAGAAAUAUUGCGAAGACUUCUUGACCUCUUUGCAAGCAUGAUUGAAAAGGGCAUACAGCUGAAGACUGCCAAUCUUGAACCAGUGCACCAGUACAUUUUAGUGUGGCUCAAAAUUCUGACACAGGAGAGAGAAAGACAGCAUUUAUCUCAUUUUGAACAGCAAGAGCUGAAAUGGGCUUUUGACCACAACCUGCUUUUGGUAUUUUAUUUCAUUUGCAUCUUGAGUAAUAUCAGUGCUCACUCUGAUGAAGAAGCCAAGAAGAAAAAAGAGAUGAUUAAAAAAAUAAUGGACCUUAAACUGCAGAAUUCUCAGGGCUCUGAUAUGUUCCAUCUAGCUGUCUGGGAUUCAGUCAUUGAGGUCCACAACAAAGUAUGCCUAAAAGAAAUUUUCAAAGUGCCCAAUAUGAAAGUCCUGGAGAUUUUACUACAAAGUGGUGGAAACAUAAAUUCACAAGAUCAUUCAGGGAAUACCCCUCUUCAUGUUCUUAUGUCAGUUGAUCCAAAGCUUGCCAUUGUUCCAUCAGAUUUCAAGGAAAACAAAGGGAAGGACUAUAUCAAGUGGUUUGUUCAAAAUGGUGCAAAAGUAGAUUUGAAGAACAUGACAGGGGAAUGCCCAGUUGAUGUAGCAGUGUCAGAAAUUGCAAAAGAAUUUCUGAAAAAAUUGUAAACUUUACAGAGCUCUGACAAAAUAUUGUUCAUAAUUUAUUGAAGUGGUCCAUAUGAACAAAUGUUAGACUCAACCUUAUUUAACCCUUUCAUUCCUAGGAGUGACCAACUGGUAAUUUCUCCUCACAAUAUCAACAUGUUAUCAUACUGAAAGGUGUCUAGGAAAAUGAAAAAAUCAACUGAGAGAUAAGGCUUGAUUUAUCACCUAAUUCUCAGAGCAGAAAUUAGAGGAAGUGUUUAAUGGACAGGAGAAGAAUUGAUCAGAUGUUGUGGGUGUUAGGGUUUGCAGUGAAAUUUAGAGUUACAUUUUGUUUUGCCAUUCUAAAGGAGUGGUGUAUGUUAUUUUACUAGUGUUUACUCUGUGCCUCUAAGGAUGCUUACUGGUUUAUGUUCUGUUGAUGAGAACAAUGUAAUAGGGAUAUCUAGCACCCAGAGAAAAGAGACAUUGUCAAAGUUUGUAGGAAAGGGGAUAUAUAUUAACCACAAAAAAAAUUAUGUUAACCUUAUUUGUGAUGAAGCUUCUUUCAAUUUUUGCCAAUGGAACUGCUGAUGUCAGUUCAAAACAGGAGGCUGGUGAUACAUCACUUCGAAGUGACUUUGGUGAUAUGAAGUUCUGUAGCAUCCAGUCAUAAACUAAGUACUUUUAGACUGCAUGUUAUUUAACAGUUAUUCUACAAGGGUUCGCCAAAUUUGAGGUGAUAAAUAACCAAGGAGCAGGAAGUGCCUGAGUAGAAUAACUUUUUCAGUUUAUAGGAACACAAAAAAUAAUGCAUUUGCUAUUACUGGUAGUUCUAUUAUUUCUUUAGUUG